CUCCCACCUUUUCCAGCCCCCGUCGCCAUCCCCCCCGGGGUCAGAUCUGCUAGCGUUCAGGCACCGCAGUGGUUGCAGCUUCCAGCCGGAUGCCGCGCGACCUGUCACGGUCGCCGCCCCGGCGGCGUCGGCGGUCGCCGUCCCCACUCUAUCGAGGACGGAGGAACCGAAGGGAACGCGUCCCCAGCCGCAGCAGGUCCCCUUAUCGUCCCUCCUAUAGAAGGAAGAGCCCUUCACCCUCCUCUCCUAGGAGGCGCAAGAGUCGAUCUCCAUCAGAAAGACGUAACAAACGAAAGAGAAGUCGGAGUGUCACUAGCUCCCCAAUUGCCAAAUCAACUCCUCAGCUUAGGUCUCCAGAGAAUAAGAAUGUCAUUGAUAAGCAAAGGCUAGAAGAAGAAAAGAAAAGGUGCCAAAAAGAAGUUGAACUGAGACUAUUAGAGGAGGAAACAACAAAAAGAGUUGAGCAAGCUAUUAGAAAACAAGUUGAGGAUAGUAUGAAUUCUGAGGAAAUUAAACAUGAAAUACAAAGACGUAUUGAUGAAGGGCGGAAAAGGAUACAUGGAGAGGUGGCUGCUCAAAUCGAGAAAGAGAAGGUGUCGGCGUUGGUAGAGGCCCAGCAGAAAGCUGAACAUGAGAAGAAAGAGCGAGAAGAGCUAGAGAGGAAGCUUGAAGAAGACCGAAAGAAAGCAGAGGAGGCUCAGAUGAAGGUAGCUAUGGAGCAGCAACAGAAAGAGCUGGAACGGUAUCAGGAGCUGGAGAGGCUUCAGAAAGAGAGGGAGGAAGCCAUGAAGCAGAAACAGAUGGAGGAACAGCAGCAGAAGCAGAACCAGAUGAAGCUGCUGGGCAAGAACAAGUCACGGCCGAAGCUGUCGUUCGCUUUUGGGACGAAGUAGUGUCGAUUUGCUAAGCGAAGAUAGCACCUUAGUUUCCAUUUAUAAACACCUGUACGUAACUGAUCAUUGCUGGUAUGUCGCUCAGGCAAAUCCUGGUGUAGUAAAAGUUGGUUCUUCAUCUGUC